AUGACAGAACAUAUUAUUUAUCACCAGCAAUUUGAGGAGAGCAGGCGUCAAAACUCCGAAACAGUUUAUUCAUCUCAAAAUGAUAAUAGAAUUUCCAGACCUGUUGAAGAGCAGCACAGCAAUUUUACCCCGGGAAUUGCGAAUGGUAUAAAGUCUUACUAUUACGGUUAUCCAUAUCUUGGUAACGACUCCCAAAAACAUCCUUGCCGAGUCUUACUGGAAACGGAUUCCCCUCCGGAAAUAAAUCCACGAGAUGCAGUCGAAGAAGAUACCCAGGAUACAUCUGAAAAUUCUUCUCCAAGAAGUCAUCAGCUGUCUUCUCCUCAUAAAUCUAUCGCGAGUACCGAUGGAUCGAACUACGUUUGUCUACAGCCUGCAGACCUCAAUUCGAUGCAAGGAAAUUUUCAGCAUCCCUUUCCGGUUCAAUAUCAGAACUAUUCAGGUGAGACCUCCGGCCAAAUGUUACCUGUAAAUGCGGAACAUAUGCAGCAGUAUCUGAACUAUCAACAUGGUUACGAAGAUGUAGUAGCGAUGCCAGGUCACCAGUACCCCAGGGGAUACGGGGGCAGUCCUCCCUCACACAAGCAGCCCAUUGCGCAUACCCCGUCCCACCUGAUAAACUCGCCCCACGGGAUGGCGCCAGGGAGUCAACCCGAAGAGGACCUGUCCCCCCAGGCAAGAUGCCUUUAUCAGCCUGCGGACGAAGAGAAAGCUUGUGUGUAUCUUUGUAAUAGAGACCUCUGGAGCAAAUUCCACGCACACACUACUGAGAUGAUCAUCACAAAACAGGGCAGGCGGAUGUUUCCCACACUUCAAUUCAGCUUGACUGGACUCUGCCCGUCCAAACAUUACAACGUCUUUGUAGACAUGAUUUUGGCUGAUCAUCACCACUGGAAGUUCCAGGGCGGCAAAUGGACGGCGAGUGGUCAAGCCGAACCUCUUCCACAAACUGGCCGUGUUUAUCUACAUCCCGAUUCCCCGAGCUCUGGAAGCCAUUGGAUGAAACAGGUUAUCGUCUUCAGCAAGCUCAAACUCACAAACAACAAAAGCAACUCUCAAGGACUUAUUGUGUUGAACUCCAUGCAUAAGUACCAGCCUCGUAUCCAUGUUAUUGAGGUUGGCACGUGCGGGCUGAACGACCAAAAGACCCUCCAGACGCAUGCGUUCCCGGAAACACAGUUUAUAUCCGUGACAGCGUAUCAAAAUACUGAUAUCACCCAACUGAAAAUUGACCACAACCCUUUUGCGAAGGGAUUCAGAGAUAAUUACGAAGGGAGAUGUUUUGAAGGUUUCCCGACACAAGACAAAUAUCAGAUGUUAACAGAAAAUCAGCUUGUCGGCGGACAUGGACCCGCAAACGAUAUGUUUCAAGCCGCCAAACCGAAUCCGUACCAAUCUGAACAGUACUCAAACGGGAGAAUGGUUUUCCAUUCAGGUCAACAACAAGGAGAAGCUACCGGAAAUGGAUGUUACAACCCAGUAUCAUCAUCACAUGUAAUUACCACGGAUGGUAGUUUAUACUUCCCGCCACCUGCAAAUACAAACUUGAAGCGCACGCGAUAUGACAUGGAAAACAACGACAUCGAACGAGACCAGACAGAGGCUAUAAAAAAGGAACAUCAUUCAAAUGGAUCUGCUAUCUCACCAGAACAUGGCGUCAAAGGCGAGUCGUACAACCCCAUGACUAGUCGUUGUUGGACCGAAAACUGUCACAUGGAGGACAAGGAUGGAUACGAGUUACCGGAAAAGAAGCAGAAAAUCUCGCCUGCGAAUGUACAAGAAGGAAGAAAGAUGUCACCGGAUGCGGAAAGGUACAGUAGGUUCUGUACUAAUCCCAAAAGAGAUAGUUGUGUGACCGUCGAAAAUUUUGGAGAAUUCAGCCAGUGUUCGGAUGUCAAGGUAGAACAAUAUAACAAUUUUUAUAAUCCUACAUAG